AAGAGGACGAGGACUGUUAGAAUGGGAAACAGUGUCUUCACCCAGAAUGUGACACCACUGGACUCCCUGUCAUCACCCAGGUCUCAUCACACACGAGGAGCCAGAGGUGUCAUACUGUUUACUUUUUGACUUGUUUCCUAAAUGCACCUUAUCAUUUGUUAAUUUGUUCAUGGUAAUAUUACCUUGUGCAUUUUGUGUGAGAGUUAGGUGUACUGUGUUGUGCACCUUGGUCUGAGGGAACGUUAUUUCAUUCGAUGGUAUACAAUUGAAUGACAAUGAACUUGAACUUCAAAUGAAAAGCCAGUAGAGUAAUUCAAUAUUUGCCAAUUGUGCAGCUUGGGCAUCACCAACAACACAUAACUAUAUAACCAUAUAACAAUUACAGCACGGAAACAGGCCAUUUCGGCCCUUCUAGUCCGUGCCGAAUGCUUACUCUCACCUAGUCCCACCGACCUGCACUCAGCCCAUAACCCUCCAUUCCUUUCCUGUCCAUAUACCUAUCCAAUUUUACUUUAAAUGACAAUACCGAACCUGCUGCUACCACUUCUACUGGAAGCUCGUUCCACACAGCUACCACUCUCUGAGUAAAGAAAUUCAAAGGCCUUACUGAAGUCCUUAUAGACAACAUCCACAGCUUUACCCUCGUCAACUUUCCUCGUAACCUCUUCAAAAAAUUCAGUAAGAUUUGUCAAACAUGACCUUCCACGCACAAAUCCAUGAAACAGUGCCAGGGUGAUUCUUCUUCAGCAGCUAGCCACUGGUCUAAAUGUCUACUCCCUCAGCUUCUUCGGUUACACUCCACGUUAUUGAGUAUGUUGCGAAGGAUUCUAAGUUAUGAAAAGGGCACCUGGAACAUGGGAACAUUAUCAUCAUCGAAUUCUCUUCCUCAAACCAUUUUAUAGUGGACGUACACUAUUGCUGAAGGAAUGAUUUGACCAGCUUGAAGUUGUUUCAUCAUGUGAUUUAGUAGAGAUGCGUAAAACAAACGAGUGGACAUUUGUGCAAGUGUGUUGCACGGGAUUCAUGAGAAUAUGAUCUGCAUGAUAUUUGGGGGUUAAUAAACUCAAGGUUGUUGCAAGAAAAAAGUGUGUGAUGUUGGCAGUAAAACGGUUGAUUAUUACAGCUUAGCUUAGUGAAUGCAUAUCCAUGGAUACUUAAAAACAAUGGCAAAUAAUGGAAAAUUGUGCAAUUUUUUAUGGGAGUCCCAACCCCAAAAGAUCAUCAGAAGCAAAAAUUCCUUCAGGAUUAUAGUAAAUCUUUUUUUCAACUCUGCAGUAGGUGAAAAUGAGUCCUUUAAACUCCCACUAUAACUCCACAUGCGAAAAACAUCAUCUCGGAUUUAACGCAUCUACUCGAAGGGAUCUUCUCCGAUUUCAUAGAUUUGUACUUUCUAACCUCCUCGCUGGUCUCAUGAGUAGCCAUUUAAGGGCGAAAACAAACGGUUAUUUCUAUCUGAAAUGUGUUUUCGCCUCUCUGUAAUUUCAGUUCUCACGUGUCCACUCUUUCGCUAAUACCCCUCUCCAUUUAAUUCGCUUAGCUUGUCAUUUUCCUGUAUUGGUAAGCUGUUCAUAUCUGGUCUCCAGUCCUGAUCGGUUUCAGGUACAGCUCAGUGCUUGGGUCCCUGCUUCUGACACAGAAGUCUGAAACAUCACCGCAGGGAUUUCUGAGCUAACAUCCCAAUGUGGUACUUUUCGCGGGGCAGUAUUUCAAGUUGCUCAGUCCAUUUUGAAAAGGGCGUUUUAAACCAGCCGGUUUUUGUCGACAGACAGCAGCCAGAGGCAAGCUACCUGUUCAUUAUCAGUUUAAUGCUUGCUGCUGCCUCGGCGGCUCCAAAAAACAAGGAAAACGCUUUAAAAUGAGCAGGUUACACAAAUGUCUUCGCUGUUGCUUCCUUCACGUUUCCGCUGAUCCCUGAAACGAGGUGACCUCUCGAGUCCCCCACCAGUUUUGUUACGUUUUCAUGGACUUGGUUUAGGGUUUAAAUAUCGAUCGAACAUUUUCUGACACGGCGUCUGUGCAGUUGCGCGAGGGUUAAGAGGGUGAAUGGUUUGCCAAGUUUGAGCGGUGCGGAUGUGAGUUGGUGUCGCUGGCUCGGGCUCUCCCCUCCCCUUGUCAGCUUCAGUUCCAGAUUCGCCCGUGUCAAUUUCAGUCACCGCGUGCAAGUGUCUUUCCGCCUCUCCGGGAUCUGUCUCCUUCGAAGAUGAGAGUGUCAGGUCGCCAGGACCCCGGACCGGUUUGCUCCUUCAGCAGACCUAGUCUCCGAACAACCUGAGUUCCCCCCUUCCCCCUUCAAAGCACAGAACACCGCCGCAAGUCAAGCGCCGCUAUCCGAGAGGAGAGCAAACUUGCUCCGAAGAUGUCGACACAAGGUCUAUUUCAAGGUGGGGGCGGCGGCGGCGGCGGCGGAGGAUGGUUGAAUGCCGUUUUAUUUUGCUCCUCGCCAUCGGCCAAGACUGUAUCCAAAAGGAAAUUGCGCCAGACCCGAAGUUUAGACUCCGCUAUUACCCGAGGCUACGCGACCGAUACCGAACUGGCGCAGGAUGACUUUCAUGUCCUGGGGUGUACCAGCCUGCGCUCCAAAUACUCGAGCGCCAACAGCCCCACGUCUCCCCUCAGCUCGGCCGAGAGCUUGGCCAGCUCCCGGUCGCUGAGGUACAGGCACUGCUCCGCGGGAAGUGGCGCCACCAGCCCCCGUACUUCCCUAGAGAAAUCCUUCUCCACUAACAUCUGCAACGAAUACGACCAGAGGGGGAGUGUAAAAAGAACUGCCGCCUGGGAUCUCUCCUUCCUCCCCAGGAACCAGGGUCAGAACCUGGCCAGCAAUACCUUCUUCUCGCCAAGGAAGUGGCUACAGAAGAAACCACACCAGCCCGAUAGCCAGUCUUACAUAGUUUGGAGGUCAGAGGGCGACUUCACCUGGAACAGCAUGUCUGGCCGCAGUGUUCGACUACAGCCAGUCCCUAUUCAGAGUCUCUCGGAGCUGGAGAGAGUACGGCUUCAGGAAGUGGCUUUUUAUCGGCUGCAGCAGGACUACGACUUGGGCUGCCAGGUUACAAUUCCAAAAGAUGGACAGAAACGGAAAAAAUCCCUGAGGCGGAAGUUGGACUCACUGGGCAAAGAAAAGAACAAGGACAAAGAAUUUGCACCUCAUGCCUUUGCAAUGCCAUUGUCCCAAGUAAUUGUCAAUGAUCGGGCCCAGAAACAAAAGCAGGAUGCUCGGAGAGAGGAGCAAAAAGACCAUUUGGAUCUGGUGACAUCGGUUUUGCCAUUUGGGCCUAAAAAGCCCAACAAAGAACUCUCAAGCAGCAAUUCAUCUCUCAGUUCAACCUCGGAAACUCUGAAUGAACCAACAUCACCCAGUAGUCUCGAAGCUGCCCAGCGCGUGAGAAGACGGGGUGGAAUGUCUGUGGAUUCCAUCACCGACCUUGAUGAUGAUCAUUCUCGACUGUUGGAAGCACUGCAACUUUCACUCCCUACUGAAGUGCCAAACAAGAAAGAAAAGCAGAGAGACAAGAAAUUAAGCCUAAAUCCUAUUUAUCGACAGGUUCCCAGAUUAGUGGACAGUUGCUGCCAGCACCUAGAAAAGUAUGGUCUUCAAACAGUAGGAAUAUUCAGAGUUGGUAGCUCAAAGAAAAGAGUAAGACAGUUACGAGAGGAGUUUGAUCGAGGAGUAGAUGUUUUGCUUGAUGAGGAGCACAGUGUUCAUGAUGUUGGGGCCUUGCUGAAGGAAUUUUUGAGGGAUAUCCCAGACCCUUUGCUUACGAGAGAGCUCUACACAGCAUUCAUCAGCACACUUUUAUUGGAUCACGAAGAACAGCUCAGUGUCUUGCAGCUGCUCAUUUACCUCCUCCCUCCGUGCAAUUGUGAUACCCUCCACAGACUUGUGGAGUUCCUUGCCAUGGUAGCAAAUCACGCUGAGGAUACCUUGGACAAAGAUGGACAUGAGAUCACUGGGAACAAAAUGACUUCACUUAAUCUUGCCACGAUCUUUGGGCCUAACCUCCUUCAUAAACAGAAGAGUUCUGACAAGGAAUUCAGUGUGCAAAGUUCGGCUCGGGCUGAAGAGAGUGCUGCCAUUAUCAAUGUUGUUCAGAAGAUAAUUGAAAACUAUGGAACUUUAUUCCUGGUUCCCCCGGAGCUACAGAAUGAGGUGCUGAUGAGCUUGCUAGAGACAGAUCCAGAUGUUGUUGACUACUUGCUGCGAAGGAAAGCUUCACAGUCAUCGAGUCCGGAUCUGACAAGGGCAGAGGUCUCCUAUACUUUGGGAGGAAGACAUUCAUCGACUGACUCCAACAAGAUGUCAAGUGGGGAAGUCUCACCUUAUGACAAUAAUUCUCCAGUACUCACAGACAGGCUGUCAGUACAAAAGGCAGACGAUCUCAGCCCUGGUUCCGACAAGCUUUAUAAAGUUCCUGAACAAUAUGCUUUAGUUGGACACUUGAAAUCCAAAUCUAGGGACAGCUCUCCAGUCUCGUGGCCCGAGAAAGGUUUAUAUGGCAAUAUUUACCGAACCAGCCCAUUACAGCAAAGACAGUGUUCUCUUUCCCAGGGAAACCUCUUAGUGGACUGGCCUGUGCCUCAAGCCUGUUCCACAUUGUCUCUAGACAACACAAAGCUGCCCGUCCGAAGAACUCACACAACUGCAGGGGCACCCGAGUACAGGGCCCACCCUCCCGUGAGUCGUGUCUGCAGUAGUCCACAAGUGGCAGGAAGUAAGAAAAACAUUCAGCUAAGCCUGGAAUCACUGUGUCUCAGACGUGACCAACGCUCCACAGCAAGUGCGGAAGAAAUUUUUCACAGAACCUCGGACACCUCUUUCUUACACAAGAAGCCGUGGCUAACCUGCUUCAAGCACGGGGACAUCAAUCGUAACGAGAGGCGGCCCCCUCCGCCCUACCCCAUUGUACUGAGGCAAACCUUGUCCAGUAACUCUGUUACACAUCAAGAACAAGCUUUGUCAAGGCAUCAUAAUACUCAGCCAAGCUCAGCUCCAGCAGGAGAGCUGGAGGCGACGGUAUCCAAACCAUCGGCAGCCGAGCCCCGCGAGCAGGACUUGGUUCCGCCCGACAGUGAGAAUGAAGCGUGGUCCAAACAGUCAGACAAUAAGAACAACUUAACAGAGCCUGACUGGGUGGAAUGGCAAAGGGAGCGAUGGCAAAUCUGGGAGCUCCUGUCAACGGACAAUGCAGAUUCUCUUCCUGAAACUCUAGUAUGAUAGCUUGAGCUGCUGGAAUGCAGGCCUUGUUUAGGUGUCAUGUCAUAAUUUUUUAAAAUCUAAAUUUAUCCUAUCAUGUACACAAAACAUAUUUUUAUAUUUGUGUGAUAUUUUUACUUUUUACUUUUCAGGUGUAAAACUACACAGUCUUCAAUAUUCAUGUAAAAGCCAGUGUGUCUCUCAGCACUUAAAACACAAGCAUAGGACAAUGCAUUUGAAUGUUGCUGUAGCAUAAACUAUACAUGAAAUAUAUAAAUAUCUAUUCAGUGAUUUAUUUUCCAAUGAUUUGUAUUUAUAUGUACAUGUUUGGACCAUUGUAUGUCUUGAGAGGUUAUGUUCAGAACUACAUUCAGUGGGAGGGGAUUGGAGCAGGAGAUUACUGCCUGGACGUCCCUUAUUUCAUGCACUUAUCAUGUUGCUAAUAGCCAAAAGUAACAGAAAAGUGUCCCUGUUGUCUACCAACUUAACGUAAUUCCCUCUUGGUUAGCUUCUUCCAACUAGCAGGCAGUUACAGGAAAUUCUUGUCAAUUGACUAAAUGAAUUAGCCAUUGCUUUAUCAAGUUUUGACAAUUGUUGUCAAUUUUCUUUUGAGGAUACCAUUUAUUUUUCAGCUCACAUGUCACCCCUCAAAUACCAACCAGUGCUCCCUUCAGCCAUGUAGUACCUUAUUGGUGCUAAACCUACAUAGCAAAUCUUCAAGUAAUUUCCGUUCCCUUCUCCGUAAGGAAAUGUUCCCCACUCGAUAGAGAUGGUUGUAUUUUCAAUUUGUGAUUAUUGAAGGGUUAGUGAAAGACAAUCCAACUCCAGCUCCAAUGAAAUGGAAAUAUUUUUGCCUGGCAGGAAUUGAGAGAUUAUAUAUUUUAAAUAUGGGAAAAUGAUAAGUAUUUUUUCAUGUAUUCAAAUGAGGGAUUUGCAUACAAUGUACCUUUUAAAACCAGACUAAGUUACAAAUUCAUGUAAUAUGUGUUUUAUUUUCAGAAAAAAUGUUUAUUUUAUAAUAUUGUAUUUUAUCUAGUUCAAAAACUGGGUGAGCACAUGAGGGGUAAAUGAAUAGAUUACGUAGAGACAGUUGUGAUGUAUCAUCUUACAUUGUCUUAAACAGAUCUAUAGUCAUCUACAGUGCCAUUGAAUUAAAAAAAGAACAUUUAAAAGCAAGAUUGAUUCCUGAG